AUGUUCAAACUUGCUGCUGUGAAAGUUCCUUUCCCAAAACCUUGGCUGAUUUCGACCAAUGCUUCUAGAUCAGUUCAAAGAGGCAUUGGGAACAUAAAUGUCUUGCAAACUCUACGACAAAGAGGACUUCUGGCUCAGGUUUCUGAGCCUGUGUCGUUACUAGAACAAAAACUAUCCAACGGAGAAAAAUUCGGGCUGUAUUGUGGUGCAGACCCAACAGCGGAGUCUCUGCAUUUGGGCAAUUUACUGCCAUUGAUGGUGCUACUGCAUUUCUACAUUGCAGGACAUGACGUUUAUACUGUUGUUGGCGGUGCCACGGGUAAAGUAGGUGAUCCCAGUGGCCGCAGCACUGAAAGAACUUCGAUGGAAGAUCAUAAAAGGCUGGAUAAUGUUUCCAGGAUUCAAAAACAGCUGCAAUCGUUCUUCGACUUGGGACUGCAGUAUUAUAAGCAAAAGGGCAAGUCUACUAAGACCGGCCGUGCUAUGCACAUGAACAAUAUCGAAUGGUGGAACGACAUAAAAAUGCUCGACUUUUUGGCCAUUUAUGGCAGACACAUCAGAGUGCAAGCGAUGCUUUCUCGAGAUUCAGUGUCUUCCAGACUUGGUGACCAGGAUGGUAUUGGGUUCAAUGAAUUUACGUACCAAAUUCUGCAGGCCUACGAUUUUUAUCAUUUGAACAAGACGCACGGUGUUAGCAUACAAGUUGGUGGUAAUGACCAAUGGGGCAAUAUCACUGCGGGAAUCGAUUUGAUCAAAAGAGUUGGAACAAAGGGGAAAAGUCAAGAACCGUCCUUUGGUCUGACCAUUCCUUUGUUAACCACAUCAACGGGCGAGAAAUUUGGCAAAUCCGCUGGCAAUGCUGUCUUUAUAGACCCCGAGAUCACCACGCCAUUUGAGAUGUAUCAGUAUUUCAUGCGCACCACCGAUGACGAUGUUCGUAAGCUUUUGCAGAUUUUCACUCUUUUACCCAUUGAAACCAUCGAAGAAAAGAUUUCCGCGGGGAAAGCGAACCCAAAGGAACGUGUAGCUCAAAAAAUGCUUGCGAAAGAAGUAGUCGAUUUGAUUCACGGGAUGGGCAAAGGCCAGGAUGCAGAAACCGUUUCUGAAGUUCUUUUCGGGACCCGAAAACUGGAACUUGGAGCCUCUGACAUUUUAAGAGCUUCUCGAGACGCACGGAUCUUAAAAACCUGUCCUAGCGGCAUGUCGCUCGAAGACUUAAUUUCACAGGUGACUGGUUGCUCCAAAUCCGAAGCACGACGCAAGUUAGCUCAGGGCAGUAUUUACGUGGGUCCUGAGAGAAAGAAAAUAUUAGAGAACAUCCACGAUCUCGACCCGUUCUACAUUGACGGCAAGGUUCUUAUUUUGAGAACAGGUAAACAGAAAUGCUAUGUCAUUGAAGUAAAGUAG